CUAGAAAACGGAAAACAGGAAGAUGUCUUAUUGGAAAAUACCCCCAUCAAUUUCACCAUGAGUCAAACAAGGAAGAACAAUUCCUCAGAAGGAGGAACUAAGCCCCAGACUUCAUUUGUCAACAAAUUUCUCAGGGACUCCACAGCUCAAAGCAGAGAGGGGAAAAAUGACCUUCAAACAACCGAUUCCCAACCGGGUGACUGGAUACAGAAGACAGCCACCUCAGACACUGCUAAGCCUCUCAGUUCAGAAAUGGAACUGAGAUCCGGUAUGGAGGAAAAUGAGCAGUUCCUGCAGAAGCUGGGCAAAAAGGCUGUCGACAAGUGUCUAGAUCUGAAUAACUGUGGAUUAACAACGGCAGACGUGAAAGAAAUGGUUGCCUUGCUGCCUUUUCUCCAGGACUUGGAAGAACUGGAUAUCUCCUGGAAUGAUUUUGUAGGUGGAACCCUCCAUUCCAUCACUCAGCAAAUGCAUCUGGUCAGCAAAUUAAAAAUCCUAAGGCUGGGUAGCUGCAGACUUACCACUGAUGACGUUCGAGCACUGGGAGAAGCUCUUGAGAUGAUUCCUGAACUUGAGGAGCUAAAUUUGUCUUGGAAUGGUAAAGUGGGAGGAAAUUUGCCUCUGAUCCUUCAGAAGUUCCAAAAAGGGAGCAAGAUACAAAUCCUGGAGCUUGUGGAUUGUGCCCUCACGUCAGAAGAUGGGGCAUUUCUGGGUCAAGUUCUACCUAUGCUGCAAAGUCUUGAAGUACUUGAUCUUUCCAUGAAUAGAGACAUUGGUGGCAGUCUAAACAGUAUUGCUCAGGGAUUAAAAAGUACCUCAGAUCUGAAAGUACUGAAGUUACAUUCAUGUGGAUUGUCACAAAUGAGUGUCAAAAUAUUGGAUGCUGCUUUUAGGUACUUGAGUGAGCUGAGGAAAUUAGAUCUUUCCUGCAAUAAGGAUCUAGGCGGAGGUUUUGAAGACUCGCUGGCUCAGGUGGUCAUGCUAAAGAAUCUGGAAGUCCUAGAUCUUCACCAGUGCUCACUAACAGAAGAUGACGUGAUGUCACUGACCCAGGUCAUUCCUCUACUCUCAAAUCUUCAAGAAUUGGAUUUAUCAGCCAACAAAAAGAUGGGCAGUUCUUCUGAAAACUUACUCAGCAGGCUCCGAUUUUUACCAGCAUUGAAGUCAUUAGUCAUCAACAACUGUGCUUUGGAGAGUGAGACUUUCACAGCUCUCGCUGAAGCCUCCGUUCACCUCUCUGCUCUAGAGGUAUUCAACCUGUCUUGGAACAAGUGUGUUGGUGGCAACUUGAAGCUGCUUCUGGACACACUAAAGCUUUCCACGUCUCUUCAAGUGCUGAGGCUGAGCAGCUGUUCCCUGGUGACAGAGGACGUGGCUCUCCUGGCAUCGGUUAUACAGACGGGUCAUCUGGCCAAACUGCAAAAGCUGGACCUGAGCUAUAAUGACAGCGUCUGUGAUGCAGGGUGGACCAUGUUCUGCCAAAAGGUGCAGUUCCUCAAAGGGCUAAUCGAGCUGGAUAUUAGCCUUAGACCAUCCAAUUUUCGAGAUUGUGGACAAUGGUUUAGACACUUGUUAUGCGCUGUGACCAAACUUCCUCAGAUCACUGAGAUAGGAAUGAAACGAUGGAUUCUCCAAGCUUCACAGGAGGAGGAACUAGAAUGGUUUGACCAAGACAAAAAAAGAAGCAUUCACUUUGACCAUGGUGGGUUUCAGUAAGCUGAUUUCCCAUUGUCCUACUAAGCUACAAAUCAUUCUCCAAAGGAAAAGAACAUGAACAAAUUCCAGUGUCAUCAACUGAACAUCAACUUCUGAGCCAUUUAAUGGAACUUCUAUUAAAGAGCUUUGUAGAUCUAGGUAUGUAAUAUCUAAUGUGAACAUGCCGUUAUUCUCUGUCUUAUGAUACAAAAAUGGCCUUUUUCAGUAGCUUUGUUUUGGAUAUAUAAUUAGUUCCUUUACUGUUUAGAAGCCUUGCAAAAAGUGUUUAGAUUCUGGUACUGCAAGUGUUUUUCUCUUGCCCAGAAAUGUUUGCCUUCUCUUUUCCUACAAGUUAAGUGUUCUAAAUAUAAGUGUGUGUGUGUGUGUGUGUGUGUGUGUAAUUCUAAAGUGAAAUAGAAUUACACUAGCUAAUAGUUUCAUGUAUCAUUACUAUUAUUAUAUCAUAAUGUGGUCUAUGUAGGUUUUUAUCUGAAAGCGUCCCCUUCUAUGGUUUAUUAUUUUAUGUUCUGGUGCAUUUUAUUUCAGAUAUAAACCAUGGACAGUAAUGAUAGUCACUGACAUACAAAUCUUAGUAAAAAGUAGUUAAAAAUUUAAAACUCAGUAUGAAAAAUAUGUCUUGUUAGAAUAAAUUAAAACCUUUAAUGUUUAAAAAGAUAAAUUGUU